UGGCGGGAGACGAGGGGGGAGGCGCCGGCGCCGCCAUCUUAGAGGCGGGCGGAAGGGGCCGGCGCGGCCGCCAGAGGAACCCGAGAGGCAGCCCUGAGACGUGGAAGCGCCACAGCCAUGGCUACCCCGAAAGCCUCCGUGGCGGCUGGCGGCUCCUCCUCGGCUGGCGGCGGCACGAACUUGCUCUUCUCCUCGUCGGCCACCGAGUUCAAUUUCACUGUUCCCUUCAUCCCCGUCAGCCAAGCCCCUGCUCCUCCGCCUCCUCCAGCUGCUGCUGCCGCCUCUGCAGGCGCCUCGGGGCCUGGUCUCCUGCCCGCAGACGAUACCACUGAUGUUGGUGAAGAAGACAGCUUCCUGGGGCAGACUUCCGCAAAUCUUAACCCCCCACCAACUUUCAGUUAUUUCUCCCAAGUUCCUAGCAGCAGUGAUCCCUUUGGAAGCAUUGGGCAGACACCCUUAGGCGCAACAUCUCCACCCCAAGCCGCAACAUCUGUUUUCUCUAAGACUUCAGUUUCUCUCCCACUUCUGCCUGGAUCACAAGAUGGGCCAAAUGCUUUCUCAGCUCCUCUUUCCAAAUCACAGCCUUUUAAUACGCCACCAGCUUCAGGAAUUGGUUCAUACACUGGUCCUCCACCAACUGGUUUCUCAACUCCUCCUCAUGCCAUAUCGCAGCAAGGCUACAACCCAUAUCGCCAUACUACUUUAAGCAGUAGAGCUAAUCCUUACAUCACUCCACCACAACUUCAACAGACACAAACACCCACCCAGGGUGUUCAGCCUCCAGCCUCUGUACCACCUAUGCACAUGUAUGCGACUCCAGGGACACUGCCACCGUUUUCUUCACCUCAGUCAGCAUUGCCGCCUGUGGCUUCCAUGUCAGCAGGCCCUUUGGUGAAAGCACAUCCCAUCUUACUACAUAACCAAUAUGAGCCAGUUCAGCCCCAUUGGUUUUACUGCAAGGAGGUGGAAAACAAGGAGCUAUGGAUGCCAUUCAGUGUCCUAGAUUCUACAACACUAGAGGAAGUUUAUAACUCUGUGCAACCUGAUCCAGAGAAUGUUGUCCUGAGUACUGAUGGAGGACGUUAUGAUGUUUAUCUCUAUGACCGAGUGAGGAAAGCUGUAUAUUGGGAAGAAGAGCCAUCUGAAGUGAGAAGAUGUACUUGGUUUUAUAAGGGAGAUAAAGAGAGCAGGUUUAUUCCUUACACUGAGGAUUUCAGCGAAAAGCUAGAGGCAGAGUAUAAGAAAGCUGUUACCACAAAUCAGUGGCAUCGGCGACUGGAAUUUCCAGGUGGAGAAACUAUUGUUAUGCAUAAUCCUAAGGUUAUAGUUCAGUUCCAGCCUUCUGCAAUACCAGAUGAAUGGGGUACCAUACAAGAUGGGCAGACUAGGCCAAGAGUGGUAAAACGUGGAAUUGAUGAGGAUCUUGAGGAAAUUCCAGCUGGUGAGGUGUCUCAAAUCGAUCAUCUAGUGUUCAUGGUCCAUGGCAUUGGCCCUGUCUGUGAUCUGCGAUUCAGAAGCAUCGUUGAAUGUGUUGAUGAUUUUCGGACAGUGUCUUUGAAAUUGUUGCAGUCGCAUUUUAGGAAGUCAGUAGAAGAGCUUAAAGUGACCAGGGUCGAGUUCCUGCCAGUUCACUGGCACAGUACUCUGCAUGGAGAUGCAACCGGGGUGGAUAGGAAUAUUAAGAAAAUAACUUUGCCAACCAUUGGACGUCUUCGUCAUUUCACCAACGAGACUCUACUUGACAUACUGUUUUACAACAGCCCCACCUACUGUCAAACGAUUGUGGAUAAAGUAGGACUGGAAAUGAACCGUCUCUAUGCACUUUUCAUGAGUAGAAACCCUGACUUUAAAGGAGGAAUCUCUGUUGCUGGUCAUAGUUUGGGUGCGUUAAUAUUAUUUGAUAUCCUGUCCAACCAGAAAGAUUGGACUUCCACCGUUAAUUCUGUGGCUUCUGUCGCUGCCAAUGGUAUUGGGAAGGAUGCGGCUGAAUAUGAUCAGAAGAUGACAGUAGAGUCUAAUUCUGCUGGUUCUGUACAUUCUCUUUCCAACAAUGAACAUGAUGUGGAGGAUGAUAUUCCAACCUUGCAAAGAACCCUGGAAAUGCUUAGCUUGUCUGAGUACAUCAGCACAUUUGAAAAGGAGAAGAUUGACACAGAAUCUCUGCUGAUGUGUACGAUUGAUGAUCUGAAGGAAAUGGGAAUACCUCUUGGGCCGCGAAAGAAGAUAGCAAACUUUGUAAAAGACAGAGCGGCCAAACAGGAACAGAGAAAAGCAGCAAUGGAGAAAAAGGCAGCAAUGGAAGCCUUGAUGCGGAACCAGGAAGAAGCUGCGCAGGCAGCAAAGAAAGUGGCCAGUUUUGCUUCACCUUCAGAAUCUGGUAUGCUGCAGGAUCCAUCCAAGAAAAGACUUCCAGUUGGAGCUUCAGUUUCCUCUGCCAACAUAGAUUAUGAAUAUUUUGAAGUGGGCACUGGUCAGGUGUCUGUGGUAUAUAGUGCACUUGACUUUGAGCCAGACAAUUUCUUUGCUCUGGGUUCGCCAAUUGGUGUAUUUCUCACUGUAAGAGGAGUGGAAAAAAUCGAUGAAAACUACAGGCUCCCCACUUGCAAGGGAUUUUUCAACAUCUAUCAUCCGCUCGAUCCAGUGGCUUAUAGGGUAGAACCUAUGAUUAUUCCUGACUUGGACAUAAAACCAGUUCUUGUUCCACAUCACAAAGGCAGAAAAAGGCUUCAUCUUGAAUUGAAGGACUCUCUUUCUCGAAUGGGAUCAGACCUGAAACAGGGUUUCAUCAGCUCGUUGAAAAGUGCUUGGCAAACCUUGAAUGACUUUGCACGUGCUCAUACAUCUUCCAUUCAGCUCCAAGCAGAACUGGAGAAGGUAGCUCAUCAGAUAAAAGAGCAAGAAGAAAAAGAUGAGACAGACGAAAAGAUCGUUGAAAGCCCAGAUCUUUCAAAAGAUGAAGACUUGGAUGUAAAAGUUGGUUUGCUAAAUGGAGGACGACGUAUUGAUUAUGUGCUGCAAGAAAAACCCAUAGAAAGUUUCAAUGAGUAUUUGUUUGCUCUACAGAGUCACUUGUGCUACUGGGAAUCAGAAGACACCGCUUUGCUUCUCCUGAAAGAAAUAUAUAGAACUAUGAAUGUUUGUCCUGAACAGCCGCAACAUUGAUGUAUGGAUACCCAUCAUUCAGAAUUUCCUUUCUAAUCUUUCUGCUGGCCUGCCAACAACCUUUGGAAGAGGCAACACCAAUUCCCUAGUCAUAGAUGACAGAAGCGGUUUCAAUCUACAGCCCUCAGAUUCCAUACCAUCAUUAUUUAUUUAUUUUAUUUCUUUUUUAUUAUUAUUAACUGGGGUGGAGGAAAAGAAAAUGAAGCCUACUGUUCAGAGUACACAUACCUCCCCCAGCCCCCGAAUCAUUUGUGGAAGAGUUGCCAAACAUAAAUGACCCUUCAAGAAAUGUGUGGCAUGCAAAUUAAUCUUUAUAAUCUGACUUAUCAGACUUGUAUUUUCUAUAAGGGCUGUGGUUUUUUUAUAUAAAAAAAUAUUAUUGGUAAACAGCAAUAACAGCCUUUUUGUUUAAUAAAAAGACCAUUUGUCCCACUUCUGCAAGAACUGUGAAGUUCAAACUACUUUAAUACAAAUCGACAUCCAUCCAUCUGUAUUUGUUGAAAUAAAGCAAUUCCUUGCACCUGG